UCGCGUUGCCAACUCCGGUCGACACCGAGUUCCAAACGAUCGGAUCCAGGCAACAGAUUGCAGGCGUGCGACGUGGAUGCACGGUGUCAGUCAGGGCUCCAGCAGGCGUGCCGCGCAAAGAGAGAGAGAGAGGGGGGGAAACAGAAAGAAAGAACUAGCUGCAAGGAGAAAAUGCUGGAGUUGUUACAAGAGUGGCCGGGGGCUCCUGCACUGCAAAGUCCCAAUGUGUUGUGAGAUGUUCAACGGCUUCCUGUGCGGAGAUGCGGCGGCUGCUGCUCUGAGGACCACGGCUGCUGCUCUGGGGACCGCAGUGCUGCCACAGCAACUUGUUGCAGCUUUCUGCCCCCGCCGAUAAAAUGCAUGUUUCACUGGCUGAAGCCCUGGAGGUUCGGGGAGGGCCACUGGAGGAAGAGGAGAUCUGGGCUUUGUUAAAUCAGAGUGCAGAAUGUCUACAUAAUCUGUUUCAGAAAGCUGAUCCUAUGGCUCUAGGUUUUAUCAUCUCUCCGUGGACUCUGCUGCUGUUACCCUCUGGCAACAUUUCUUACACUGAUGAAACGGUUUCCAACCAGGAUCUGCGAGCAUUUACGGCCCCUGAGGUUUUGCAGAAUCAGGCUUUGUCCUCUCUUUCUGAUGUUGAGAAGAUGCAUGUGUAUUCGCUUGGUAUGACUUUGUACUGGGGAGCUGAUUAUAAAAUACCUCUUAACCAGCCAAUAAAACUUGGGGAACACCUAAAUAGCAUAUUAUUAAAUAUGUGCGAAGACCUGAUGUACACAAGAGGUUCAAUGAGAACUAUUCUAGAUGCUUGCAGUGCUCAUAUCCGGAAUAGUAACUGUGAACCAGCUUUCUCUUAUGUCAAACAGCUGGUAAAACUUGUCUUGGGAAGUUUAACUACUCUUAAUCAGCUGUCCUUGCACCCAGUCAACAAGUCGGAUCGUAACCAGGAAAUUCGGGAUCGACUAAGGGGCAAGGGUUUUCCAUCAGAAAGAAGCACAGCUCCCAGUGCAACAGGAAAGUACAAAGCACAAUUCUGUGAGCAGGUCUCACUGAAUAAAGGACUAAGCAAAUCCAUGGGGUUUCUGGCAAUUACUGACAGGGCAUUAGAUUUGGAUUCUUAUCACGCGGCUUUUGGACAUGAAGAUACAAUGGAUGUACACCAGAAGUUACAAUCUGGACCAAGUGGUUUGGCUCCGAAGUCCAAUUUCAUUUGUGAUCAUGGCAGUAAGAAGUACUGGACCUCCACAGUUGACCUGGGUCGUUGCAAUGGCAAAAUAAUGGCACCUGGAGAUAAUUCUCAUAGACGUAGCCUUUGUCCACAGGGGAUGGGCCAGCAGAUUAAAAACACUUCCCAAUUAAGAGAGAGAAUGCACCCAGACUUGGGGCAAGUAACAGCUUCUCUCGGUCUUCAAAGAUCUCAUCAUACUUCUGAACUUUCCAUCUCAUCUGCUCUCUCGGGUGUUUAUGAAAGGAUUAAAGAACGACAGAAGAAAUUACGAGUUCUGAGAGAAGCAAUGAAUGUGGAUGAAACUACAGGAGUAUAUUCACCGCGCCAUAGUGAUACAUACAGUACAUCAAGUGAAAGCCCAUCUCUCAUUUCUUCUGACCCAGAUUAUCGACAAGUCCGCAGGAAUGAAGAUAUUCGAAGAUACAGUUCUCAAGCAGGUCUAACUGUGGAGGACGAGUAUGUGGUAGACAGUUAUAUUCCAAAUAGGAGAUCCAGUCUGUAUGAUGUUCCAGGGGAUGAGAUCAUUAUAAGUCAGGAGUUAAUGCUAAGGCGUCAGGAGGAAGAACUAAAGCAGCUUCAAAGCAAAUUAACUCAAAAGCAGUUCCAGUCAGGACUUCACCAAGCUGACAUAGUCAAAGCAUCCAUGUUGGACAUUAGCAUGGAUGUAGCAAAGGAAACAACCCUGACACAAAGAAAAUUCAAGAAUUUCUUUGGGCCUGAGUUUGUUAAAAUGAUCAGUGAGCCUUCUGUUGCAUUGGAUCUUCCCACAUCAAUUUUGACUAAGAAUGGAAAAGGUGAGGACAUCCGACGCAAAGUGAACAUCAUAGUGCUAAGUGGACAGUGCCUGGAAUUGACCUGUGACACCAAAUCAACAUGCAAGGAUGUGUUUGAUAUGGUGGUUGCUCACAUUGGCCUGGUGGAACAUCAUUUCUUUUCCUUGGCAUAUUUGAAAGAGAAUGAAUUCUUUUUUGUUGAUCUUGACUCUAAAUUGUCCAAAGUGGCACCAGAAGGAUGGAAAGAGGUGAAGAAGAGGAACAGAACUACAGUAAAUUUCAACCUUUUCCUCCGAAUAAAAUUCUUUGUAGAAGAUGUGGACUUAAUUCAGCACACACUGACCAGACAUCAGUACUAUUUGCAGUUGCGAAGGGAUAUAUUAGAGGAGAGGUUGCAUUGCAACAAUGAAACAGCCUUGCUUCUUGCUUCAUUGGCUCUUCAAUCUGAAUUUGGGGACUACCAACCAGAGAUUCACGGGAGAAGUUAUUUCCGGCUCGAGCAUUAUUUGCCAGUUGGAGUGAUGGAGUCCUUGGAUCAGUCUUACAUGAAGGAAGAACUGCCUAAGUUACACAUCACAUAUUGUGGAGCCACCGAAGCAGAAUCUGAGCUUGAGUUUCUUAAGGUAUGUCAGAAACUGCCUGAGUACGGAGUGCUGUUCUAUCGGGUUCUACCAGAAAAGAAAUCUCAAACUGGAAUAAAUCUAGGCAUUUGUUCUAAAGGUGUAAUUGUUUAUAUGAUACAAAAUGGGGCAAGAACAGAAAUCCUUCGGUUUCCAUGGAGAGAUACAAAAAAAAUCUCCUUCAAUAGAAAGAAGAUCACAUUACAAAACACUUCAGAUGGCAUUAAACAUCUGUUUCAUACAGAUAGCAGCAAGACCUGUCAAUAUCUCUUGCAUUUAGUCUCAUCUCAGCACAAAUUUCAACUGCAGAUGAGGGCACGGAAGAACAGUCAAAACAUGGAUGAAAUUGAAAGUUUAUCUGUCAGCAAUCUGAACUACAGUAGAGACUCAGCAGGUUUAUUCAAUAUGGGCAGGGUGAAUAGUAGUUCUAGUCUUGCUGUCAGUGCAUACAGCAAAAUAACUGAUCAAUCACAGCUUACACGAUCUGAACUCUUGAAACGCAUGUCCAGGUCAGAGGCAGCUUUGAAUCAACCUUUGCAUAGCAUCUCAAAAGAUAAGGUGUAUAGAACUCUGUGGGAUCAAUACCCUCCCGUUCUCAGUAAAUCUCACUACGACCUUCGUCAAGUUUCUGACUCAAAACGGAGAAGUACACCCAUUUUAAGCAGCCAGUUCAUUCAUUCAUCAAAUCUGUUGGAAGGAGCGACUGAACUCAAAAUGAAACAUUCACACCCCCGCUCAGACACAGAGUCUGUGGCAGAAAGUGAACAGUGGAUCAAAAGCAGUAUCACCUGUCCAAAGAAGUCUCAGGCUGCCUUACACCGAAGCCCUGCCCGAAGAAUUCCUGCACCCGAUUCGUCAUCUGCUGAAGACUCUGUUCAGGCAAAUGCCAUAGGUACUCUUCAUCAGAAAUUUAGUACUUUGCCUUCACCAGAAAGAGAGCUUAGAUGUAUAAAGCUGAAGAAGGAUGUGAAACAUGGUUUGGGUUUUCAGAUUGUUGGUGGAGCAAAGGCAGGAAAACUGGACUUGGGGAUUUUUGUCACUACCAUCUUGCCAGGAGGGCCAGCAGAACUUGACCGGCGGUUGAACCCAGGUGAUCGUCUGAUAUCUGUAAACGGAGUCAGUUUAGAAGGCGUCACGCAUAAUGAAGCAGUUGAAAUUUUACAAAAUGCCCCUGAAGAUGUAAUCCUGGUAGUCUCUCAGCCAAAAGAGAAACUUUACAGGAGAACUGACAUUCCUUCAGCAUCACCUCCCAAUAAAAAGGGAACAAGGAGCCAGUCAAGGAGUCCUUGUCUUAAAGUGAGACAACAGGAUUAUGAAGAGGUCUCUUCUUCAGAAGAACAUAAUCAAUCACAAAGUUACCAGAGAACUCAUCCUAUUCGUGCCUCAGUUCCAUCUGAAGAAAAGCGAAGAGGAAGUACCAGCUCCCAGGACUCCAGAACUGAAAGUGCUGGCCUUUCACAGAGCCAAGUGAAUGGUUUCCACAGAAAUCAGACUGCUUCCAGAACAUCACAAUGCACAAGGCAGGAGGUGAUUCAAACAAUGCUUGACAGCACAGGGCAUUUAAGUAGCAUUAAUGCUGAAACACCUAAAGAAACAGAUUGCUCUGAUCGGGGUGAUUCUGAUAUGGAUGAAGCAACAUAUUCCAGCAGUCAAGAGCAACAAAGCCCUGGAAAGGGUUCUCCAGUGGAAAAGACUAAAAGAAGAGCAUUUCCUGAUAUGAAGAACGACGCAGUGCUAAAACCGGGAGAUAUUUUUGAAGUGGAAUUGUCAAAAAUAGAGAAUAGUUUGGGCAUAAGUGUCACGGGUGGUAUAAACACAAGUGUGAGACAUGGUGGGAUUAUGUUAAAGGCCAUAAUACCAGGUGGAGCCGCUGAGGCUGAUGGACGAAUUAGGAAAGGUGACCGUGUUCUUUCUGUGAAUGGUAUCUCUCUGGAGGGUGCAACUCAUAAACAGGCUGUUGAGACUCUAAGGAGCACAGGGCAGGUUGUUCACCUAUUAUUGGAGAAGGGACAGCUUCCUGCAGCCAGUGUUCAUGCUCCUGUAACUCCACAGUGCACACCUCCAUCAGCAGCCAAUCAGAAUGGACCAUGUGAAUCAGUAGACAAACAAGAAUUAGUAACAAAUCUCAUGUCAUCAGCUGCCAAAGACCAUGCUUCUAUUGCAGAACAUACAUUUAAGGUCAAGUUAUUAAAAGGAUCCUCUGGAUUGGGUUUCAAUUUUACUGAGUGCAAUGAAGAUGUUCCCGAAUACUGUAGAAAUGUAGUAAGAAUAAAGAAACUAUUUCCUGGACAACCAGCAGCAGAGUGUGGGAAGAUUAAUGUUGGAGACAUCAUACUAAAAGUGAAUGACGUUCCUUUGAAAGAACUGUCAAAACAGGAAAUAGUGUCUGUUCUCAGGCGGCCAUCGCAAGAGGUCACUCUGUUACUUUACAGGCGUGGAUGUGAAACAUUGCCAGAUAGUGAUUCCUCUUUGAACACAAAUGAUCCUCCAUCAAAAGAAAUAAAUGGAACCAAAUUGCAGAAACAGUACUUGGACAAUUCACUGCUGUCUGAAAAGGUGAACAGUAUCAACAUGGAUGAUGAUUAUGAUAUAGAGAUUGACAAUGAAAUUCAGAAUGCAAGACUGAAGUCCUCUUCUCAAAGGGAUGGUUAUAGUGUCAACAGAGACUCUGCAGAUAUUGAUGAACAUUCCAUGUUAAAAGGAGAUAUUAUUGACAAUAAGAAAAUCGCCAGUCAAGAUUCUGGGAGUACAGUGUCUUUCUCCACCAGUCAGUAUGAUAUGCCAUACAACCGGGAAGAAAGCAUCGGAAAUAAUUACUUUGUCACACGAGAAUCUUCAAAACUGGAUCUGAUGAACAGAAAGCCACCCUCACCGAUGACUCUGGACUUUACAAAAGAACAAGGUUGUGGACUUGAACCUGAAGUCCCCUCUCCUACUCCUGUAGAUGAGAACUGCAUUAGCUCUGCCUCAAAAUCAGAAAUAGAGUCAUCAUCCUCUUCAAAUAUAGCACAGAGUGAGGACAUCAAAAAAUGCAAAGAGGAGGAGGAAGAAACAGAAUUACAGCCGGAAGCAGAGUUGCAUGUUACAUUGAAGAAAUCAGAAAAGGGAAGUUUGGGUUUCACUGUGACAAAAGGGGAUGAUGACAUUGGUUGCUACAUUCAUGACAUAAUCCAGGACCCUGCAAAAUGUGAUGGACGGCUGCGACCCGGGGACAGGCUCAUAACGGUGAAUGGUGUUGACAUCACCAGUAUGAGUCAUACCGAAGCAGUGGAUUUUCUUCGAUCUAUCCCAGAUACGGUCACUUUAGUAAUCGGACGGGUCCUAGAGAUACCAGAGUUUCCAAUAAAGCCGGAUAUGCUCCCUGAUAUCACAAUGAUGUGUCACGAGCAUGAACUAGGUCUCUCUCUGGCCGGAGGCAGUGAUACACCAUACCAGACCGUUUACAUAAGUGAAAUUACUCCAGGUUCAGCAGCUGAUACAGAGGGAAGUUUGCAACCAUUGGACCUUAUCCAUCAUAUUAAUGGGGUUAGCACACAUGGAAUGACAGCAAAUGAAGCAAGCAGAACUCUUCAAAAUGCAGGUCCUGCCGUCACCUUAAAAGCCACGAGAGACGGAGACCCUGUAUUUGCAAAAACAAUGGUGUCUUCCUUUCAAUACAGUGACAAAAAUACAAAACUCAGUGAAUCUGUUGCAAUUAAUGGACAGCAUUGUGGAAACAAGAGAAUGGAUUGUGAUCCAGUGUCUAACACACAUAUGUCAGAGGCUGAUGUGAUGCACUUGACGCUUGAGAAACCUCCCUCAGGAGGAUUAGGAUUCUCAUUAGUGGGUGGCAAGAGUGGUAUUUUUGUAAGGAGUGUUCAUCCUGGUGGAGCAGCUGCUUUGGACGGAAGGCUACAAGUUGGUGACCAGUUGCUCCAGGUGAAUAGUGAAUCUUUAGUUGGAUUCUCCCACAGUGAAGCAGUGACAGCAGUCCGUAGAACAAAGGGGACGGUGAUUUUAACUGUGUCAAGAGUUAAAUCUCUCUCCAAAGUGAGCAAUACAAGCAAGGGUGCUGAUGCUGCAUCUUCUUUCUCCAAGGUGCAGAGUGAUCGAGAGAAUAGUCCACUCCUUAUGGAGGAACCUGGUCAUUCUAAAUAUUUAAGUGAACAGAAGGAAGAAGAGAAGUCUGUCAAAUCAGAAGAUACAGAUUGUGAAGGUUUUUCCCUGCCUGAAGACUCCCCUGAGCCAGCUAGAAAAAAUUGCUACCAUUUUUCAGCAAAUAUAGAAAAUAUAAUCCAGGAAUCCUCCAUUAAAGAUACAGCCUCAGAAAGGGUACCCAGCCUGAACAACACAGAAGAGGAUGAAAUUACCUGGGGCAGUGAAGAACUUCCAAUUGAUUCUCUUCAGCAGGACCAUUCACCCAAAGAAGAUUGGCCAGUAACCAGAGAGAAGCUUAUUGCCCUUUCAGUUGUAAAGGUUCCCCCUGAAAGCCAGUAUACAGGCUCUAAAUUGGAGGCGAUCAUUAAGACGUUACAUGGAUUGCUGGAACAAAAUAUUCCGACGCUAGAAUUUGAGCAUCUGCAGGACCUGACACCUUUAGAUGAAUGUUUAAUUGGACAAACAAAAGAGAACAGGAGGAAGAACCGAUAUAAAAAUAUACUACCUUAUGAUGGCACACGGGUUCCUCUUGGAGAAGAGCAUGGAUACAUUAAUGCUAGCUUUAUAAGGAUUCCUGUGGAUGAAAAAGAGUGCACAUAUAUUGCAUGUCAAGGACCGCUACCUCACACAAUGGCAGACUUCUGGCAAAUGGUUUGGGAACAGAAAUCUAAUGUCAUUGCCAUGAUGACCCUGGAGGUCGAAGGUGGAAAAGUCAAAUGUCAAAGAUACUGGCCAGAACUUCAGGACCAAUCCAUGAUGAUAAACAACAGAUUGAAAAUAAUCCUUCGAAGUAGUGAAAUACUCAGAGAAUUUAUUAUUCGUAAAAUUGAGAUGAAUGACAUGUGGAGCGGUGAAUCACGACAAAUAACCCACCUGAACUUUACUGCCUGGCCAGACCAUGGGACUCCAGAACAACCGGAACAGUUAGUUGACUUUCUCACUGCCUUGAGAUGCAUCAAACAUUCUGGCCCCUUAAUUGCCCACUGUAGUGCAGGGAUUGGUCGUUCUGGGACUCUUAUUUGUCUAGAUGCAGUGCUGGCAUUCAUCAGUAAAGGUCUUGAUUUUGAUAUUUCCCAUAUUGUUAAGACUAUGAGAAGCCAGCGACAAGGGAUGAUCCAGACUGAGACUCAAUACAUAUUCUGCUAUCAAGUCGUUCUACACAUUCUCGCUCAACUUCAACAGAAGGAGAAAGAAGUGGCAAAGAUAUAAGCAUUUCCGCAAUGAUUGAAACAAUACCUGCCUUAUGCUAGAAAUAUUUUUUUUAUUAUUUUGACCUCGAAGACAAUGUGAGUGUGUUCAAAGAACAACUUUCAGGAAAAAAGCAUUGUCAAAAGCUGAAUAUUUUGUACUUGCUAAGAUCUAUCAUAGAUUAUAAUGUAGUCUUACUAAAUUGAUUUGUCUUAUGCAAAUCUUGAACUGUGGUAAUAUUUAAGAAUUUACAAUGGCAACUGUAUUUUAAGCACAUGUAUAAGUAAUGCUAAUCCCCAGUUUACAUCUGUUCAGAACAUUGUGGGGCAUUUGUUAAAAACCAAUGCAUUUUAUAAUUAUUUUACUGUACAGACAAUAAAAACAGUAUUGAUUUUA